UAAAUUAUUAAGCCUUGAAAUGAAUGAAUAAUUGGUUCAGUCAGCUUCAGUUGAAAACCAUGAGUCCACGCCAUAACAAUGAAACCGGCAAAACGAUACACUGAGUCAUUGUAUUGUGUUAACUUUACCACGAAACCUAAAUCGGACGUAUUGACAGAACAAUAGCAGCGGUCAAAUGUUGAACUAUCUAAAAACGAACGAGUUUAUACGAAACAUAUAGACAGUAGCGACAUCGUUAACUGCACAUUAAGUUGGUAACGUUGUGACGCAUCUACCGCACUAAGCAUUUAUAAAUCGGUUGUUCCUAUAUAAGCGACCUUUCCUUUACUUGCGUUCAUUAAAUCCCUCCUCUACAAGUCUACACGCUAUUUCGUAACAUUGACUUGCUGUUGCUAAUAUUUAGUCGCCGCUCGUGAGCUCACCGAUAUACAAGCAUCAAAAUGGAAAUGAAAUUUACUCCUACGAUUGUUUUUCUGCUCCUUUCAAUUUGUUUAGUGCAUAUCGCGGUCGCGAAGCCAAGAACUACCGAGAGACGAGAUGAAGUGAUACCGUUAGACCAGUCCGUUGUAGGAAGUUUGCCGGAAAAGACUACGAUUAAGCCAUCUGAAACAGAAACCAAGGUUCCUGGCCGUGUACCCUGCCAAUUUGACGAGCCUACUGAAGAAGCCGUCUGCCAGGAGCACUGCAUGCCAAAAGGAUAUUCAUACGGACUUUGUGUCGCCUAUACCUGCAGUUGUAUUUAAUAGGAAAAUAACAAACCAAGACUGAUGUUGUAUAGUGAUGCAACAUAAACGCUGAAGAUGAAAUGAAUAUAGACUUUCAAUUAACGUUGUAUUGUACGCGGAAACAAAAGAAUAGGUUGGUUUAACUACCUAAUUGUGAUUCAUUGCGUUUACCAAGUUGAUAUAAUAAAUUUACAUAAAACUGUA